GGAUAACCUUGACGGAUUGCCAUGAAUCCGCCGCCGAUGACACCGCGCGAGUUCUUGACGUCCGCACAAUGGGCAUGCGGCGGCGAGUACACAUGUAUGCGCGUGACGGGUGAUCACAUCGACUUGUGGGAGUUCCACUGCUGUCGCCUUGGAGUACCGGUUGACGCGGUGGAACGACUGCGUCAACAAGUUGUAGACGCUGUGCGGAGCCAAGCUGAGGUGGCGGCCUCGUGGAUGGUGACCGUCCUCCGCGCCGACGACAAGUUUCUCGUCCACGUGUACAAGAUGCCGUCCCUACGACUUGACGGCACAGGCAGCGUAGCGCCAAUUGAUGUGCUCGUCUACGGUGCGCCACGGUCAAACGCUCACAUCAAGCAUGUUCAGUGGAUCCACGACCGAUCGCCGAUCGAGCAACACGCGCGCGCCGUCGCGGCUUCAGUUGGUCGUACUGAACCAUUCGGGGAGGUUAUCUUGCACUGUCACACGACGUAUACGUCGGCUGAAGGUGUCUCCAUCCCCCGCACCGAGCUGUUAGAAGGCCUCAUUACAAACUUCUUCGUGUGGCGGCAAGGCACUCUACACACGGGUGGCAACGACGAUGCCAUCCUGCACGGGAGCACUCGACAUCUUGUCCUCCUGGCGUGCAAGAGUCUGAGUAUUCCUGUCCUGUUCACACCACCAUGCCUGGAGGACGCAGCACAUUGGGACGCCGCCUUCGUGUCGAGUGUGGUCAAGGUAGUCGUGCCGGUGCGAGCCAUCUACGAAUCCAACGGCGAGAUGGCGAGGCUGCUACCGUCGCCGCCUCCGAUCCUCGACACUCUGCGCGCUGCAGUGCGCCGAUUGUCGGACGUUGAAGCGAAUCCACCACCACAGUGAGCUCGGCCACCACUGGCUAUCGUAAUUCCUGUUGGCGCACCACAUCUCCGAGGAAUUCCUGCAUAUCCAGCCAUUCGUGUCUCAUCUGCCGAUCGUUGUCAGUAAAGACAUGCACCCUUCCACAUAUGGAGCAGACAUUCGUUCCGGUU